UUGGUAUAUAUUUUUCAGAAUUUAAAAGGGCCAGGUGAGGGUUACAGAAAUCCCAGACUAGAUCCGAGCUUCCGAAUUACCGCGCGCGACGUCCAGCGGGGGCCACCACGCUAACGCCUACUAGCUUUAAGCCUGGGUGCGCUGGCGACGGUGGUGCAGUGCUGCCCAGUGAGUGACAUGCUGCGUGUCGGUGCGUUCGGGCCCGAGAAAAUACUACCGCCCUAAAAAAAAAGUAGCCGAAGAUUAAAAACGAGGUACAUGCAGUUUUGACUCAACUACUAUUAUCCGUCUUUAUACAAGCCUCCUUGUAGCCAGGCUUCCUAAAUAAGGCUCGCAAAGCAUGGCUUGUUGUGUAAGGCUCUCAGUGCCAGACUUGCUGAGCAAGAAGGCUCGCAAAACGUAGACUACAACACCGCCCUCUCACCAUCAUUUCACAUCUUGGAAAAGGAGAUAAAACAGCAUGAACCAUCUUAAGCCACAGGGAAACCUUGCACAUGUCGCAAAAAAUCUGUCUCGGGGCAGCCCAGCCGCGCUCCGGCCUGUCAUGUCAUCGCUAAACGGCGAUCACUCGUGGCUCAUCUCGAUUCCGCGACCCAUCGACGACAUCCGCACACUGGGCAAGGCGUAUUUCCAUAUCGUUUACGACCCGUGGUUGAGCGGUGCAGCGAUAACGUUCAAAUCAUGGCUAAUUAGUAUUUCGCUAGUCCAAGGGCCCAGCGCGACAUGCGCAGCAGACGUGGAAGCGCUCGUGGACCAGUUGGAAGAGGUAACCAUGGACGCCCUGGGCUUGUCCCGAAAGAAGAGGGUCGACGAAACCGGCUAUAAAGGAGGCAUCGACAUGAUAUUGUUGGGAUUUCACUUCACAGACCAUGUACACAAGAAGACGCUAACGACGUUUGACGCACGCAUCCCUGUCCUCGCGACGCAGCAGGCCAUGGAUAUUGUCGCACCUUGGAACCACUUUGUUCAAAUCGACGUACUAUAUGAUUUGAAGCCGGACGAUACGACAUGGCAACACCUUAGCCCAAAAGUGUUGCCUGACUGGGUGAGUGUGGUGCGUAUGCUGGGCCAUCACGAGCUCAACUUCUUGUUGGCGUUUAUUUGGACACACAGCAACGAGGAUGGAAACACGGUGCACGAGGCGGUAGUGGCCUCACCACAUGGCGUGAGGACGGACCAAGAGCGAGUCCAGGCGUUUUUCAAGUCGGAGCCGCCGACGCGGAAGCUGGCCAUGUUGCAUGGCAUCGUCGACGGCUGGACGGCAGGGUGGCAGAAUACGUUUGGGUUCGAGUCGGGCGUGCCGCUGCAUGAAGCGCUGGGAGGAUGCAGCUACUGGGUCACGACGCAUAGCGCACCAAAAUGGUAUCGGGGAUUGUUCCUGCGGAUGGCGCAGAGAGAGCGGCAGGGGAACAUGGACGAGGUGAUGGAGAAGCAAGGGGUGAAGAAGGGACGUAUUCAUCGGGUGGAGGUGGCCAAUGGCGAUGCACUGGUAUUGGUAUGA